GCCAUAAAAUAAAAUGCUAGGCAAGAAGCAAACAAAUACCGCCGGUGCAUUCACUAUUAUUAUUAAUUAUUAAAACUAUUAUUAUUAUUAUUAAUAUUCUUCAGUACGCGUGCUUUUUUUAGUCAGACCGAUGACGGCCAGUAGUAACUAGAUUUUUGUGUUUUUGUUAAAGAAGUUAGUUGUUGACAUAUUUUUUUUAAUCUCCUUCUAUCGUUUUUUAAUUUCUUGUCUAAUACAUUGUCCAUAAUUUAAUUAUAAAUCAUAAAGAAUGUUAGGAGAAUCUGAUGAGUUUUCGGAGAUUCUUAAAACUGGUUUCCCAGUGUAUUUGCUAAUCGCGAUACCCUUGCUGUUAGUGUUGAGCCCUGUUUGUCCGGCCAAUGCAGCUCAUGAGUUCUCCGUAUACCGCGCCCAACAGUAUAGUUUGCUAGGCACCACUUAUGGCUCCAAAAGCAGUAUCAUCAACCUGGAAGCUAGAUCAUUGAAGACUUGGAGUAGUCGGUCUAGACAUUGUGUGUUUGUACUAAUGGACAACUUUACUUCUGAGGAGUAUGAACAAAUAUCAGCAGGAUUGGGUGCCUUAGUUUUGAUUGUACCACCAACACCCUAUACUCAAGAUCAGCAAUUAAAAAUGUUAGAAAUCGAACAAACUAUUUUGGUAUCUGAAACAGCCAUACCAAUAUAUCUCAUGAAUUGGUCCCCUGAAGUUAAAAAUUUAAUGGAUGAUUUGGAUGAUAGUAAAAUAAUUGAUGAAAACGCAAGUUCAGCUGCUAAAGCUUUUAUUAACUCAGUUUCUGCUAAUGGAUAUCAAAUAGUAGUAUCAACAAGUAAACCAGUUUUGCAGCAGAAUAUUGCUAUAUCAACAAUUCAAGGCCAACUGAUUGGUUAUGGAUUUCAAGAUAAGUUACCUAGUAUUUUGAUUGUUGCUCAUUAUGACAGUUUUGGUCUGGCUCCUGAGUUAUCAUAUGGUGCUGAUAGUAAUGGCUCAGGAGCAGCUUUACUUUUAGUUUUGGCUAAAAUAUUAAGUCGAAUUUAUGCAGAAAAAAAUCGACCAAAGUAUAAUGUUAUGUUUAUAUUGAGUGGUGGUGGUAAACUCAAUUAUUUAGGAUCUAAAAACUGGAUCGAACAAGAAAUGGAAAAAUCUAAUACAUUACAAGAUGUGUCGUUUGUGUUAUGUUUGGACUCUUUGGGUACGGAUAAAAAUAUUUAUGCUCAUGUGUCAAAACCUCCAAAAGAUGAUUCUAAAAUGGGAAAUUUUAUGAAUGAACUUAAUAAAAAUUUGGGAGAAAAUGGACUGAAAAUUAUUCACAAAAAGAUUAAUUUGAGUAGUGACACACUUGCUUGGGAACAUGAGAGAUAUAGUAUUAAAAGACUACCUGCAUUCACCCUUUCUAGUUUAAAAAGUCAUAAAAGUUAUUCAAGGAAAACUAUUUUGGAUACAAGUGAAACAUUGGAUUCAAAAAUUGUGUAUCGUAAUGCUCAGAUUAUAGCUAAAACUUUAGUAGCUCAUCUGUAUGAUUAUAAUACAUCUGAAACACCUAAAAUUAGUAUUGAUUUUGAGUCAUUGCGCAGUUCAUUGGAUUUAUUAGUAUUACAGCCUAGAUCUCCACAAAUAAUUGCUCAAAAAGGUCACCCUUUAAUUGAAAAUUUAUUUUCAAUUAUGAGCAAAUAUUUAAAAGACGUUAAUGUGUCACAUUUGACAGCAGAUAAGGUCGAUCCACAAUUUUCUUUCUAUACUGUUACCAGAGCAAAUUUACAAGUAUACAGUGUUAAACCAGCAGUAUUUGAUCUUAUUCUUACUUUGGCCAUAGUUCUUUACUUGACUAUAGUCUAUUUCUUUAUUCAGCUUGUACCAGUGGUAUAUGACUUGUACAUUGGAACAUCAAGACCAGAACCUAUUAUAAGUGCAUCUAAGAAGAGUAAUCGCAAAGAAAAACAACGAUAAAUAGUGAUAUUUAUUUUAUUUUAUACAUCAAUUAUACAACGCAUCAAUAA